AUGGCCAGCCGUAGCCAGCAGAGGGCUCUAUAUGAGAUCGGAUUGACUUGCUGGGAAAUAAGAAGAGGGAGAGAGCAAAGCGAAGAUCUUUUGAGCUUCCGGAUCAAGGAAUUUGCUCAUCUUCUUCCUUGCAAGUUUCCGGUUUCCCAGGCACUGGAGAGGCGGAGGUCCCUUGCGGGACUAGCCAAGGUGAGGCUUCUUUCCCAGAAGACAAAAUGUGCUGCUGCUUCCGCUGUUUGUCUUUGGGAUCGGAGUGGGAAUAAUAAGGUAAGGGGCAAACGGCCAUCUCCGAUGGCUGUCACGCCCCUGCAGUGAAUAUAGACAGGCAGACAGAUAGGAACUGCAUUUUCCCAAAGGACAGCAGGUGUUUUAGAGAAGCAAGGAAGUAAAACCAGGAAGUAAAGAACUGGGCGCUUGCAAAGAUUUGGAGCAGUCUCUCUUCCACGAAGCUGUGGCAAGGUUAGGCAGCCUGUAGUCUAUCAGAUAUAUAUUAACAUUAUUUUUGUUUAAAAUGCAUGCCCUGCUUUUUGUGGAACUCCCUCCACAAAGCAACUUGUAAACUUCAAGAAAUAAAAGCAGCAAUUAAAAGACAGUUAAAAAGAAUAUUGCAUGUAAUGCAAAAGGCAGAAAAAUCCUUAAAUGCGCCACCAAGACCUUCAGCAAUAUCCAAGUGGUCCGUAGGGGAGAAAGUCUGGGAAACACUAUAAUAGAUAAUUAUUGGUUCAAGGGAAAAAAUAAAUAAAGGAUAAUUAUUGGUUGCCAAGAUCCAAGUUUGGGGUAAGUACUCUUUGGUGAGAGAACCCCAGUAAAGAUUUAAAAUCACAAAAAUUGCAGCAAAGUGUGGAAAUAUAUGCUGUUAGACCUUUCAAAGUCCCCCUCUUCCCCUAACAUAGAAAAAGACCACACAUUUGGUAAGUUAAAAAUGGUUUACUUAUAAACUCUCCCAAGGCCAGAUUCAUGUGCUUUUCCAUACAGCAUUCCAAAAAAAGUUGCACAGGCAGUAAAACUUCCUUGGAUUUGAAAGUUAGUGGUGAAAGUUCCUACAUUAUUGGUAUAGGAACUCAAGGUUGGCCAGUGAGAGCCAUGCACUCUGAGCUGGAGCAACCAGCACAGGAUGAGCUUCCCAAGUAGACUGAAGUACAAUAGGGCGUGAUUACCUUCCUCCCAAAGUGAGGGGGAGCGACCUAGGCUGAGCCUGGCAGGACAGCUUACUCUAUGGUCUUAACCCCUUCAUGUGUUAAGUAAACAUGUUGGUUAUAUGAGACUGGUUGCCCCACAAUAAGACCAUCCAUGAGCAUGGUACUUUACAAAUUCUAGAGGACAAUUUGAAAUUCCGCACAAGGAAGAAGGGAAGGGAAAUAAAAGAAGGGGGUAAACUGGAAGAAUAUACAUUUUCAUUAGCAUGUAUCCAUAGGCUUAAGCUGCAAUCCUAUGUAGACUUAUCUAGGAGCCAGACCCAUUGAGCUCAGUGGGGCUCAUAUCUGAGUAAACAUGUAUUAGCUACAGCCCCAAACCCAGUGUCCUCCAAAUAUUUUGGACAAUUAAUAAUAAUAAUAAUAAUAUUGAACUCUCUGUGUCUUGGCAGAAUGAAGAGGAGAACGUGAUGGACCUCUUACGUAUCUCCUUUUGGCAUCUGGUACGUCAUCCAUUUCCUGUGUAG